AUGCGGGACAAGCGCAAUCAUGUAUGGAUUGAUAGCCUUCUUCAAAUCGGACUGCCGUUCGUGCUGUCGUGCACUUACCGCACAAAGCUUAGGAGCCGAUUCGGCCUGAUCGAAUCACCUGCUCCCGACUGGGUGACUCACUGCCUUUGUGAGUGGCGUGCGCUGUGUCAAGAAUAUCGGGAGCUUCAGCACAGGGGCAUUGACCCUUCUUUUGAGUUGGGUGUGAGGGCAUUGUGCAAUGUGCUCACAUCUCACGUUGAGAGGAUGGGUGGGGAACAUGGGGAAGAUGCAGCAGCAACAACAGCAAGUUCAAAUGGUGCCACCAAUGAACCAAACCAUUAUGGGUUGAAUUUGAUGAUGCUCAACUGGCUGGAUUAG